AUGGUGAACAACAAACAAACUUUCAAAUCCCAAGAAGUGACAAUCAUUCCGCCUUUUCAAAACACACUGAAAGUAAAGGCUGGCAACCCCUCUCACAAUGGCCAUGUGUGCAGCACAUGGGGUAACUUCCACUUCAAAACCUUUGAUGGGGACAUCUUUUACUUCCCUGGAGCCUGCAAUUACAUCUUUGCAUCCAACUGCAAGUCUUCCUAUGAGGACUUCAACAUCCAGAUUAGGCGUACAAUGGCGGAAAAUGCUACCGUGAUCACUCACGUCAUCAUGAAGCUGGAAGGAGCAGUGAUUGAACUGACCCGUGGCUCUGUCCGGCUAGACAACAAAUUGGUUCAGAUGCCCUACAGCCAUAUGGGAGUCUUGAUAGAGAGAAGUAACAACUAUCUGAAAGUUUCUGCCAAGUUAGGACUGACCUUCCUUUGGAAUGAACAGGAUGCCCUCCUGGUGGAACUAGAUAAGAAAUAUGCCAAUCAGACUUGUGGACUUUGUGGGGACUUCAAUGGAAUUCCAGUUAACGAUGAAUUUAUUUCAGGGAAGACAAAACUAACUCCCAUACAGUUUGGUAAUAGGCAGAAGAUGGAUGGACCCACAGAGCAGUGUGAUGAUCCUAUUCCUUCUACUGUUCAGAUGAACUGCUCAGCAGAAUUUGCUUCUAUCUGUGAGACAGUAUUAACCAGUAAAGCAUUUACAAGUUGCAACAUGCUUGUCAAUGUUCAGGACUACAUCGAAACUUGCAUACAAGACCUAUGCCACUGUGAUAGUUCUAUGGCUGACUUCUGCAUGUGUAAUACUUUUGCUGAAUACUCCCGGCAGUGUGCUCAUGCAGGUGGACAGCCUCUGAACUGGAGAACCUCAGAACUGUGUCCCAAAUCAUGUCCGUUCAACAUGCAAUACCACGAGUGUGGCUCUCCCUGCUCUGACACAUGCAGCAACCCGGAACGAUCUGCACUUUGUGAAGACCACUGUACAGAUGGCUGCGUCUGUCCUCCAGGAAUGGUGUUUGAUGACGUUAAUGGUGCUGGCUGCAUUCCCCGUAGAGAAUGCCACUGUACCUAUGAAGGUGAAACUUAUGCUCCUGGUGCCUCCUUCUCAUCUAAAUGCAGAUCAUGUACCUGUGUUGGAGGUGAAUGGUCUUGUGUCACUCAGUCAUGCCCUGGGACUUGCAGUAUUGAAGGAGGCUCCCACAUUUCAACGUUUGAUGAGAAACAUUACUCUUUCUUCGGAGACUGUAGCUAUGUCCUAACCAAGCUCUGUGACAGCAAUGAAUUCACGGUUCUGGGAGAUAUCCACAAGUGUGGCCUGACUGAAACUGAAACGUGCCUCAAGGGUAUAGCCAUCAGCCUGAGUGGAGGACAAACUAACAUUAUGAUCCAACCUUCUGGUAGUGUAUUUGUGAAUAUGAUCUACACACAGCUGCCAUUCUCAGCAGCAAAUGUCACCAUCUUCAGACCUUCAUCUUUCUUCAUCAUUCUGCAAACAACCUUUGGUCUUCAGCUACAGGUUCAACUUGUGCCUUUCAUGCAACUUUUUAUAGACUUAGACCCCUCACAUAAAGGGCAGACCUGUGGUCUCUGUGGAAACUUCAAUGAUAUGCAGACAGAUGAUUUCAAAACCACCAGUGGUGUAAUAGAGGGUACUUCAGCUGCCUUUGGCAAUACUUGGAAAACUCGGGCUGAUUGUCCUGAUGCCAAAAAUACCUUUGAGAACCCCUGUACUGUCAGCAUACAAAAUGACCAGUACGCCCAGCACUGGUGUGGACUGCUCUCUGACACUACGGGACCUUUUGCUGAAUGUCACUCAACAGUGAAUCCAGAAGUUUACGAGAAGAACUGCAUGUUUGACACGUGUAACUGUGAGAAGAGUGAGGACUGCAUGUGUGCUGCCCUUUCAAGCUACAUCAGAGCCUGUGCUGCUAAAGGAGUUCUCCUCCCCGGAUGGAGAAGCAAAGCCUGCACAAAAUACACCACCUUGUGUCCGAAAUCUUUGAAGUACACUUACAAUGUCGAUACGUGUCAACCCACCUGCCGGUCUCUGAGUGAGCCUGAUGUCACAUGCAGCAUUAAGUUUGUCCCAGUUGACGGCUGCACCUGCAUAAAUGGAACAUACAUGGAUGAAACUGGCAAAUGUGUGCCUGCAUCUAGCUGUCCUUGUUACUACAAAGGAAUGCCUCUGUCUUCCGGAGAAGUUAUUCAUGAUAAUGGUGUUGUCUGCACUUGCACCUAUGGAAAGCUCAGCUGCAUUGGAGAGAAACCUGAACCAGUCUGUGUACCUCCCAUGGUUUAUAUCGACUGUGGUAACACCACAGAUGCAGAUGUGGUAGGAGCAGGAUGCCAGAAGAGCUGUCAGACUCUAGAUAUGGAAUGUUACAGAACUCACUGUGUCUCUGGCUGUGUAUGUCCUCAUGAUCAAGUGUCAGAUGGCAAAGGAGGCUGUAUAGCUCCAGAAGACUGUCCAUGUAUUCACAAUGGGAAUUCCUACAGUCCAGGAGAAUCAAUCAGAGUUGGCUGUAACAACUGCACAUGUAGAAACAGAAAAUGGCAUUGCUCUGAGGAACCCUGCCUGGAAACAUGUUCUGUUUAUGGAGAUGGGCAUUAUACCACCUUUGAUGGCAAACGUUUUGAUUUUGAAGGAGACUGUGAAUAUGUUCUAGUCCAGAACUACUGUGGUCAACAAGCUAUGAAUCAGGGAACCUUCAGAGUCAUCACUGAGAACAUUCCAUGUGGCACUACAGGAACCACCUGCUCUAAGUCUAUUAAAGUUUUCUUGGGGAACUAUGAGCUGGUACUCAGUGAUGGACACUCUGAUGUCAUCCAGAGGACACCUGGAGGAAAAAUGCCAUUCCAAAUCCGUUCCAUGGGUAUCUACCUGGUAGUUGACACCACUGCUGGUCUGAUACUCAUGUGGGACAAGAAGACCAGUAUAUUCAUCAAACUUAGUCCCGGCUUUCAGGGACAUGUUUGUGGACUUUGUGGAAACUAUGAUGGCAAUGGAAAUAAUGACUUCACUACUCGCAGUCAGUCUGUGGUAGGAAAUGUGCUGGAGUUUGCCAAUAGCUGGAAAGUGUCUUCUAGUUGCCCAAAUGCCAAUCGUACCAAGGAUCCAUGCACUGCAAACCCGUACAGGAAAGCCUGGGCACAGAAGCAAUGCAGCAUCAUUACCAGUGAAGUGUUUGCAAAGUGUCACUCCCAGGUUGAACCAAACGAAUAUUAUCAAGCAUGCGUGGAUGAUGCUUGUGCCUGCGACACUGGAGGAGACUGUGAAUGUUUCUGUACAGCAGUAGCUGCCUAUGCUCAAGCAUGCAAUGAGCUGGACAUUUGCAUUUCAUGGAGAACCCCAUCCAUAUGUCCUCUGUUCUGUGAUUACUACAAUCCGCAAGGGGAAUGUGAGUGGCACUACAAACCAUGUGGAGCCCCUUGUAUGAAGACCUGCAAUAAUCCAAGUGGGAACUGCCUUCAUGAGAUGAGAGGUUUGGAAGGCUGCUAUCCACAUUGUCCAAAAAAUAAGCCCUAUUUUGAUGAAGAAACCAUGACCUGUGUUUCUAAUUGUGGUUGUUAUGAAAAUGGGAAAAACUACAAACCAGGAAUGGAGAUGCCUCCAAAGCAGAAUUGUGAAUCAUGUGAAUGUACAAUUCAUGGCAAAGAAUGCAGAUAUGACGAAUAUGAAUGUGUCUGCUUCUAUGAGGGACAGAAAUAUAACUACAAAGAUGUGGUCUACAACACUACAGACGGAAUAGGAGGGUGUAUUGUUGGAAUCUGUGGUCCCAAUGGAACACUUGAAAGGAUUAUCUAUGAAUGUCCAAUCUCAACAUCACCCACAACAGCAACAACAUUUCAUUUCAGCACUACACCACCUGCCAGUACUUCCACAGUGUCACCAACGACAUCAGUAUGUGUUCAUGAGGUCUGUGAGUGGUCAGAAUGGUAUGAUGGCAGUCUGCAAACCCCUGGCUAUGACGGUGGAGAUUUUGAAACUUUCAAUGAUUUAAGAGCUAAAGGUUAUGAAGUUUGUAACGCUCCACGGGAUGUUCAAUGCAGAGCAGAAAAAUUCCCUGAUAUACCACUGCAAGACCUUGGCCAAAAAGUAGAAUGCAUUUCUACAACUUCUGAAAGUACAACAUUGAUACAUUCAACAUCUGAAGAAACAACAACCACAACCAUAAUGACAAAACCUGUCACCACCUUGCCUUCAACACCUUCUCUUUGCUUUAAAGAAGAAUGUUACUGGUCCAGAUGCCCCAUCACCAGCCCCACCAGCACUAUUACCAGAAUUGAACCUUUCUGGACUAGGACUCCAUCUCCGAUUUUGACAACCCCGUGUUUCUGCAAGAUUGGUGACUCUAUUUUUUCACCUGGUGAUUUGAUUUACAACAGAAUGGAUAGUGAUGGAUGUAGAUUUUAUGCCAUCUGUAGCCCAGUAUGUACUAUUGAACGACACAGUGUACCUUGUAAUGUCACUACUCCUUUAACCACUACUUCCUCCGAGUGGUCUACCACAACAACAUCAGUUCCUCUGCCAACCACUUCGAAAAGUUUUCAUGGCUGUGUUUCUAGUACAUACCCUCCCCUACAGCCUGGAGAACGUUUCAAAUUAUCCAACUGUACAGAAGUCAUCUGUAAAGGAGACAAUGAUAUAGAUGUAGUACCAACAUACUGCCCACCUGUAAAGGAAAUUACCUGUGCAAACAAAUAUCCUGCAGUCCUAGUACCUGAUGAAAAUGGCUGCUGUUACCGAUAUGAGUGUCAAUGUGUGUGUAGUGGAUGGGGUGAUCCUCAUUACAUCACAUUCGAUGGAAUCUACUAUACUUUCCUUGAAAACUGCACUUAUGUCCUGGUGAAACAGAUUGUUCCUAAAUAUGACAACUUCCGUGUUUACAUUGACAAUUAUUACUGCGAUGCAAAAGACGGACUCUCCUGCCCUAAAUCCAUUAUUAUUUUCUACAAAUCUGCAGAAGUGGUGUUGACUCGGGAACUCAUGAAUGGUGUCAUGACCAAUGUGAUGUACUUCAACAAAAAGAUUGUCAAACCAGGCUUCGAAAAAGAUGGCAUUUCUUUCUCCACUCUUGGCAUCAAUAUGAUUGUUGAAAUAAAAGAGAUUGGUGCAACUAUCACCUUUAGUGGUCUAAUCUUCUCCGUGAAACUCCCAUACAGCAAAUUUGGCAACAACACCGAAGGACAGUGUGGAACAUGUACAAAUAACAAAGCAGAUGAAUGCCGUUUACCAAGCGGUAAGAUCAUUUCUUCCUGUCCUCAAAUGGCUCAUCACUGGAUUGUUGAUGACAACAGGACAUGUCAUGGAGUACCAGUAGUACCACCUAUAACCACACCUCCACCAAAGCCUCAUUGUGAAACACCUCCUCUCUGCAAGCUUAUCUUGAGCGAGAUUUUUGCAGAAUGUCAUGCUGUGAUACCACCAGAACCAUUUUUCAAAGGCUGUGUUUUCGAUGGAUGUCGUAUAGAUGAUGAAUCCAUGCAGUGUUCCAGUUUGGAGAUAUAUGCUACAGAGUGUGCGUCUAGAGGUGUCUGCAUUGACUGGAGAGGAAAGACCAACAAUACAUGCUCAUUGAGCUGCCCAGCAAGCUUGGUAUACAAGCCAUGUGGGCCCAUUAAUCCUGAUACCUGUGAUCAAAGCUCUAUUGAGCAUCCUGGCUAUGGAAUAACUGAAGGCUGUUUCUGUCCUGAAGGAAUGACACUCCUGCGUGCAGAGAGCAAUAUCUGUGUCCCUGAAUGUUCUUGCAGGGAACCCAAUGGAGUACCCAGAUGGCCAGGAGAAAAAUGGACAAAAGAUUGCCAGGAAUGUGUCUGUGACAAAAAUACUCUUAAGGUGCACUGUACAAAACACAAAUGUUCUCUGACACAGCAAGUAUUUUGUGAUGAACCGGGUUACAUGCCUGUUCAGAUACAGAUACCAGAAGAUCCAUGCUGUACCAGGACUGAGUGCUACUGCAACACCAGCCUCUGCCCUGAGGUCACACCCCAGUGUUUAGAGGGACAAGAAAUAAUCACAAUAAUGCAGCCUGGAAAAUGCUGUCCUACCUUUGAAUGCAGACAUGGCUGUGUAGUCAAUGAAACUUACUAUGCGCCUGGAGCUGCCAUUCCAUCAGGCCCCUGUGAAGAAUGCACCUGCUCUAAAUCCUCUUACGUAAGGCCUCACCAUGCUACUGUCAAGUGUGAGCCUGUUACCUGUGACACAUACUGCCCACUGGGUUAUAAGUAUACAGAGGAACCGGGACAGUGCUGCGGCACGUGCAAGGCAGAGGCUUGUGUGGUGACUGUGAGAGACAACAUUACACACGUGGUCUAUGAAGGAGAAUACUGGAACCCACCUGGUGAUAACUGUACAGUUUACACAUGUGAAAAACAUGCUGACCAGUUCAUUCAAGUCGUCAGACAGACAAGCUGUCCUGCCUUUAACCCUGAUGAAUGUGAUCCAAAUGACAUCAAGUUAUCUGACGAUGGUUGCUGUAUAGAGUGCCGAAGAAUACCGAAGCUUUGUAUGAAGCAUAAUACUACGGCUGUCAUCAAAUAUAAUGGAUGUGUAUCUCCUGCACCUGUUGAGAUGACAUACUGUGAAGGUAGCUGUGAUGCUUACUCACGAUAUUCUCAAAAGACAAACACAAUGGAACACAAAUGCUCAUGUUGUCAGGAAAUCAAGACCAGCCAAAGAAAGGUGACUCUGACAUGCAGUGACGGAACCUACCUUGAUCACUCAUAUACCUACGUGGAGAAAUGCAGCUGUGUGACUGCUCAGUGCAUUCCCCAAGACAACACCCAACAGGAGACAAACCAGACAAAGACCUCUCAGGAACAGGCAAAUGUCAAAAAUUAGAACUGGAGAGAAGUCGCCAAACAAGGGCUGGACAUAAGACUACAAUAAAAAAACUUUGAAAAAAUACAGAAGUGUCAAGAGCAGCUAAAAUUUUGGAUGAACAGAUGAUAUUUUCUGCAUAAAACCCCAAUAUGUCUUCUCUACGUAAUUUCAGUUUUCAUUAUCAAUAUAUCUCCCAUUUUUUCUUUCAUGUCUUUUACCUUCUUGAGAAGUACAGCAUAAGGUCAUCUUGUCAUUUUCUGUUCAUUUGUCUUCUGAAAAGUGCUGUAACAUAAGAUUGAGAGAUGGAUUUUUAAUAACAUUUUCAUUCCAGUUCAUUGAGACAAAUCAAAAGAUAAAUCCAGAAAACAAACAAAACCCAAGGAAAACUGUACCUCUCUGCUUCUAUAUGUUUCUUUUUGCAUUGAGGAAAACUUACACUGCAGAAAGCCAUACUUUUUCAAAACUGUAAACUUCAAUAUUUUGGACAAUUUAUGAUGGACAUAUUUCCCUAUAUAUUUUUUGUGAGAAAAAGGAAAAAAUCCUAUUAUGAGAAGCUGCUGCACACUACUUUUUGUUUACAUAACACCAUCAGCAUAGUAACUGUAUGAAAAUAUGGAUUUUUUUUGUUUUGUUUGUGGUUAACUGUUUACAGAAGAAGUAUAUAUAUAUAUAUUUGCCAACAGGGGCAUAUGAAGGAUUUUUUUAAAACAAAAGUUUAUUAUUAAUAAUAAUAAUAAUAAUAAUAAUUGUAAAUUCUUUCUUAGGAACCUUGUAAAAGUUGAACCAUUGCUAUUUAUUAUUUUUUUUGGAAAACUGAUUUAUUGGGUCAUUUCUUUCAGAAUUAUUGUUAUCCCAUUUCUUAGUCUCAGCCAUGUUGUCUGGGUAUGGUAUAUUUUCUUCUUUUUUUUUGAAUAUUGUUUUAUUUUUGUUCCUUAUGGGGGGGGGGAAGCAAUGAUGAUUAAUAAAUU